AUCCAAAGACAAAAAAAAAUUUUAUUGCAUUUGGAAUGACAGUUGCGCUGAAUUAUUUUAACUCUUUAAAAGAGAUCAAUAUGGUUCCAAGUGAGGUUGUCGAACAAAUGAAUACCUUCCUUAAAAGAAUACAAGUCCCAAAUUGCGAAGAGUUGUAA